ACUACUACUGUGCCAUUUUAGAAGAUGUGAUCCUGCGUUUUGCCUGGACAAUUUCUCUCUCUUUGACCACUAUGACUAAGAUUCACUCGGUGGGCGACAUCGUGGCCACCGUGCUGGCUCCUCUUGAGGUCUUCAGGCGUUUUGUGUGGAACUUCUUUCGCCUGGAGAACGAGCACCUAAACAACUGUGGCGAGUUCCGAGCUGUGCGAGAUAGUUCGGUGGCGCCGCUCAACGCGGACGACCAGACGCUGCUGGAGCAGAUGAUGGACCAAGAGGAUGGUGUCCGGAACCGCUCGGGGAAGAAGACUUGGAAGAGGUCCUACAGCCUCACGCUGCGGCGCCCCCUGCUGUCUUCUCAAUCCAAAAAGGACACCAAGGUUCUAAUUGAAGAUACGGAUGAUGAAGCCUUCAGCUGAAUCACCAGCAAGCAGCAACAUUGUCUACACACAAACACACACACAC